AUGGCGACAGCCAGGAAGACAUCCGAGCUGUUUUUACUGGAUCGUUACACACAUCCAGAUUUGGUUGCUGCCCUGCCUGAGGAAAUUCGUCCUGGGCCUGAUUUCCAUGGACUUCCAUGGGAGCCUAUUAUUAUCACUGCCUUAGUGGGAAUUGCCACAGUUGCUAUAAUUUUCUGGAGAACCUGCCUUUCAGUAAAGAGUCGAAUAUAUCAAGUGACUGAAAAGCAACUUGCUGAAAAGAUUAAAAACCUUCUACAAGAAAAAACAGAAAUCUUAGGAAAGAUAUCAGAAUAUGAUCAAAAGAUAAAGGAAGCAAAGGAAUCUGUGAAAGUGGCCCAAGAACAAAAAGACAUUCUCUCUGAUGAAACUGCAGGGCUUAAGGACACUGUCAAAGACCUGGAAGAAGCAAAUCGUCAGCUAGAUGACAAAGUUAAAAAUCUGCAUGCAAUGCUUGAAACGGAGAGAAAAAAGAAUGAGAAGAAGCAGAACAAAAUCUCUGAAACCCAGAAGUCCUUAGAGAAACUUCAAGAGGCUAUGAGUGUGCAUUCUGUUGAGCUUUCAGAGGUGCAGAUAGCCCUUAAUGAAGCUAAACUAAGUGAAGAAAAGGUGAAAUCUGAGCUUCAUCAUGUGCAGGAAGAGAAUGCUAGGCUGAAAAAGAGCAAGGAGCAACUGCUAAAAGAAGCCGAAGGUUGGAGUGAGAGGCAUGCUGAGCUCAGUGAGCAGAUCAAACUGUAUCAGAAAUCUCAGAAGGACAUAGAAGAAGCACUCGCCUACAAGGAAAAUGAAAUUGAAGUUUUAACGAGCUGCAUUAUGCAGCUGAAGCAGCUCGAUGUGGAUUCGGCAUCUGAGGCCAGGAAGGAUGGCGAAGGGCAUGAAUGGAGCGCAGGAGAUGAUCUGGCCAACGGAGAAUUGCCAGAUAAUGAAAGUGAGAAGAUGAAGACUCAGAUUAAGCAGAUGAUGGAUGUCUCCAGGGUAAAAACUAUGCUGUCCAUAGUUGAAGAAGACAGAAAUCUUCUGCAAUCCAAACUGAGUGAUGAAGUAACAGCAAGACAUGAGCUGGAAGAGCAAAUUAAAAAGUUAGAACAUGACUCCUGUUCGCUCCAGUCAGCCAAAGCUCAACUGGAAAAUGAAUGCAAAACACUGCAGCAGAAAGUGGAGAUUCUUGGUGAACUUUACCAGCAGAAGGAGAUGGCACUCCAGAAAAAACUAACCCAGGAAGAGUAUGAGCGUCAGGAGAAGGAGCAGAAAUUGUCUGCUGCAGAUGAAAAAGCUGUGCUGGCAAUUGAGGAAGUGAAAGUUUACAAGCAAAGGAUCCAAGACAUGGAAGAAGAAUUGCAAAAAACAGAGAGAUCUUACAAAAACCAGAUUGCUGCUCAUGAGAAGAAGGCACAUGAUAACUGGCUUAUUGCCCGCUCUGCCGAGAGAGCUCUGGCUGAAGAAAAAAGAGAAGCAGCCAACCUGAGACAAAAAUUAAUAGAAGUAAACCAAAAAAUCGUCAUGCUUCAAAGACCGUUAAUUGUAAAGCCAACUCCAGGCAGACCUGAUCACCAAGUCCCACCGCGACGAGGGCCCUUAAGCAGAGAUGGCUCUUUCGGCCCAUCACCUGUGAGUGGAGGGAAUCCAUCACCCACGCAGAUGAUAGAAGUUCCUGCUCGGCCCCUUUCUGCUCCUCGAAGGGAAGGCUCGAGAGGAGAAUUUGGUACAAUGGUAGAUGGCCCCCCUGUUCCACGAAGGCCACCAGAGUUACCCGGAAGGAUGUCUGUUCCUGAUCUCGGGCCUGCUGUAGCGUCCCUGAUCAGUGGUGGGCUAAGAACCUCCUCCCCUUCCACAGCAAUGGAGGGAGCGGCUAAUGCUAGUCCCAAAGGCCCACCUUCUUUCCCUGGGACACCUAUCAUGACCUCCCCAGUGAUGGGACCUCCGCCUCCACCACCUGUUCGCUACGGACCGCCGCCACCUCCUCUCCGUGGGCACUUUGGGCCUCGACCUCUGCCUGUGCCCCUAGUUCGUGGUGCUCCCUUGCCACCUCCAGCUGCAAGAGAUUUCUUACCUGGCCCACCCUUAGGAAUGAGAGAUCUGCCUCCUGGCCCACCACCACUGCCCCCAGAUCCAAGAGGCUAUGGCCGUGGGCACCCUCCUUUUCGACCCCUAGGUCCUCCUGGCCCAAGAGAUUAUCCUCCAGGCCCACGGCUACCCCCACCUGGUUCAAGAGACUAUACGCCUUCUCCUAACAGAGACUUGCCUCCAUCAGGACCUAGAGACUACCCCGCGGGCCCCCCACCACCACCGCCGGCAGGCUCAAAGGACUGCACACAGCCACCAGUGCAGAAGCCCUGACUGCAGCGCCUGGUCAGCAGCUCAAUGGAAUGGACUCCAGCGCACUUCCUGCAGUCAGGAUUUUGGCAAAUGGCUCCCUCUUUGAAGCCAUUUGUCUCAUUUCAGUAUAUUUCAGCUUUUGCGGGAUUAAUUUUUACCCAAUUGCUACAGACAUCUUACGUGCAUUUAUGAUCACCUUAAACUCAUCCACCCUCUUGGGCUGCAAGAACCUUUCUGUGAUGGACUUGAACCUACUCUAAACGUGCAAUAGGAAGGAAGUACCUGUGUGGCUAGUUUUAAUUAAAUGUAGCCUCUGUAACCAGUUGGUGAAUGAACUAAUUUCGUGAAAAAUGUAAAUCAAAUCAUUUCCUGUGGAAAUAAUUUUUAAGUAAAAUGCUAUCCUACCUGCCUUCUCCAUCACAUCAUUAAGCUGCAGUUAUUGUAGGCUGGGGGUUUACAUGAGGACUGUGAGGUGGUGGGGUUUUUUGGCCUUUUUUUUUUUUAAAAAAAAAAGAAAAAGGUAUCUGGUCAGAGAUCAGAAGCACAAAUGACACUGUAUUCAAAGGAAAGUUAUAAUAAAAAGCAAAAUUCCUUUUGCUA